AUGACCGCCCCGGCCGUCACAACCACCACCGUCCCCGAAACCACCAAGCCGAUCAUGAACUCCACCGUGACCCCCGUAACCGCCGACCCGGACGAGCCCCUCUUCCCGUCAACCCUGAUCUCCCCGGAUGUGAUCUCCCUGCUCCCAACAGACUACUCGAUCCGUCCGCUGCGGCGCUCCGACUACAGCCGCGGGUACCUGGAUGUGCUGCGCGUGCUGACGACCGUCGGCGAGAUCAGCGACGAGCAGUGGAACAAGCGGUAUGAUUGGAUCGCCUCGCGCAACGACGAAUACUACAUGCUCGUGGUGUGCGAUGGCACGCACCGCGUGGUCGGCACGGGGAGUCUGAUUGUCGAGCGCAAGUUUAUUCACUCGCUCGGCAUGGUGGGCCAUAUUGAGGAUAUUGCUGUUGAGAAGGGCCAGCAGGGGAAGAAGCUGGGCCUGAGGAUUAUCCAGGCGCUGGACUAUGUUGCUGCUCAGGUUGGAUGCUACAAGAGUAUUCUCGACUGCUCCGAGGCCAACGAGGGCUUCUACGUCAAGUGUGGCUUUAAGCGCGCUGGCUUGGAGAUGGCCCAUUACUACUGA